GAGGUCGAAUCCUAUAUUAUAUAAUAAAACAUAUAUUGAAAAAAACAUGUUAUUUCCACGUAAUGAGGAGCUAAAUGAAAAAGGGAUAUCGAAAAGUAUUUUUAGUGAUCCAAAGAUAUUUUUAUAUGAAAUUAUUGGUAUGAAACCAAAAUUGUCAAUUAAAUUAGAUAAAUCUUAUACAACAUUUCCUUAUUAUGCUUUUUGUACGGAAAGAAUACGUAGAAAUGUAUUUAUAGGGAAAGGACAUGGAACAACAGCAAAAGAAGCUCGAAAUAAUGCAUUCCUUUAUUUCAUUUCAAAAAUGUAUGAAAAAAAAUUAUUAUUUAAUAUAAUUGAGGAAAAUAAAAUUGGAAAUCAUGAUUUUGGUUUAAUUAGCAAAGAAGCGAAUGCUAAAUUGGAUGUUUUAAAUUAUUCAUCUCGUUGGUUAGCUUUACCAAAAUUUGAAGUGUCUGUAUCAUAUACGAAAAUUAAAAAAAAGAAAGUUUAUGCAGUUACUGUAUAUACUGAAGAGCCUAGAUUAGAGGCUACAGGAAAAUCAUUUGAUCGUAGAAUUGCAGAAAUUCUUGCCUGUGUUAAUUUCAAAAAAAUAGCAGAAGAAUAUCAUUUAGAAAAUGAUAAAAAUAAUCUUUUAAUUAAAGAUUGGGAAAUUUUAAAUACAUCUAAUGCCAGAAAAUUUAUUCAUUUUUUUGAAUAUAAAACGAAAAAAGGAAAAACAGAACUUAUUUUUAAAAUGAAAGAUAAUUUUUGGAUUGCAUUAAUAAAAGCUGAUGAAAAGAUUCUGGCAAUGUCUCCAGAAAUGUAUAGUAAAAAGGAUUCAGAAGAAGCAUGUUUUCUUGUUUACGCACUUAAUAUUCGUAAAGAAAUGCCUCAUAUAUUUUCAGAAUAUAUUAAAGAGCUUGAAAAAGGGAAUGGAGAGUUUUUGCGACCAUUAUCACUUAUUCCAACCAAUAUAUCAAAUAAAUCAUUAGAAAUCAUGAAGGAAACUAUCUCUAAAUUAAAAAAUAUUCAAACUUUUGAAAAAUCUAAAGAGAUAUAUUCUCAAAAGGAAAAAGAUCUUAGCUGGUCACCUUUUAAACCGAGUCUAGAGUUUCUAAAACAGCGUUCUGAAACUCUAAUGAAGCAUUUGAAGGAACUUAAAAAAGACAAAGAUCAUUUAUUACACGAUUUACUAGAAAAAAAACAGAAACUUCCUAUUUUUUCUUUUAAGAACAAUUUAUUAACACUAAUUAAAGAAAAUCCUGUUUGUGUAAUUGUAGGAGCUACUGGAAGCGGCAAAACUACUCAGCUUCCUCAGUUAAUUUUUGAAGAUGCAAUUCUUAAUAAUACUGGCGCACAAUGCAAUAUAUUAUGUACUCAGCCUCGAAGAAUAGCAGCAAUUUCAGUAGCACAAAGAGUAUCUUUUGAAAGAAAUGAAAAAUUGCAGGAAUCUAUUGGAUAUCAAGUAAGAUUUGAUAGUAAACUUGCAAAACCUGUAGGGAGUAUAAAUUAUUGUACAACAGGUAUACUUUUAAAACAGCUUCAAGACCUAUCAUCACCAAUACUUGAGAGUGUAAGUCAUAUUAUUGUAGAUGAAGUUCAUGAAAGGAGUAUUCAAACAGAUUUUUUACUUUUUGUUUUAAAAAAAAUUAUGAAAAAAAGAAAAUCUUCUGGAUUAACUCCUAUCAAAAUUAUUCUAAUGAGCGCAACAGUGGAUCCAAUUUUGUUUUGCAAGUAUUUUGGGGAAGAAUUUCCAAAUAAGCAGGCACCUUCGAUAUUUAUACCCGGUUCUAGUUUUCCUGUAUCUUCAUAUUUUUUAGAAGACAUAUACCAAAAUCUAAAAAAUACAUUUUCAAAAAAACAGGCGCCAGCACUUUUUGAUAAAGAUACUACUUCAUAUAUUAAAACUGAGACUGCUUUCAAUUCUAAUUCUUAUAAAGAAAAGGAAAUGGAAAUUACAGAAAACGAAUCAGAUAACCAUAAUUCUUGUAUAGAUUGGUCUUCAAAAAACUCUUCAAAUCAAGAAGAAUUAUCUUUUAUGAAUGAAAAAGACAUCCCAGAUGGCCUUAUUGCUACUACGAUUUCAUAUAUAGUAAAAACAACUAAUGAUGGAUCUAUCUUAGUCUUUCUUCCAGGAUAUUCUGAAAUCAAUUCUUUAAAUAAAGUUUUACUAUCAGGUAGAGCAGGUCUUGAUUUUUCAGAUAACUCCAAAUAUCGUAUUUAUAUGCUUCAUUCAGCAAUUCCUCAUAUGCAACAAGAAGUUUUUAAAAAAUUAGAGCCAGGGAUAAGAAAAAUAAUACUUGCUACUAAUAUUGCAGAAACAUCUAUUACUAUUCCUGAUGUUGUAUAUGUAGUUGAUACUUGUAAACAUCGAGAAAAAAUAUAUGAUCAAACUAAAUGUAUUACUAGCCUUCUUUCUACUUGGAUUAGCCAUUCAAGUUCAAAACAAAGAGCAGGAAGAGCGGGAAGAGUAAAAGACGGACAUUAUUAUGCCUUAAUAUCUAAAAAUCGACAUGCUGUUUUAACACCUGCAUCGCCACCAGAAAUUCUUAGAUCAGAUUUACAGGAAAUAUGUUUGCAAAUAAAAGCAAUAGGAAUGAAAGAUUCAGUAUUAAAAGUAUUAUCAGAGACAAUUGAAGCGCCUUCAAAAAAAGCGGUAGAAAAUGGUCUUCAAAGACUUUAUUCUUUAGGCGCUUUGGAUGAAAAUGAAAAUUUAACACCUUUGGGUACUAUUUUAGCUACUUUGCCUGUUGAACCUUCUCUUGGAAAAAUGUGUUUAAUGGGAGCAAUUUUUAAAUGCCUAGAUCCUGUUCUUAUUCUUGCAGCAAGUGCAUCACUAAGAAAUAUUUUUGUACAACCUAUUGAUUAUCAACAAGAAUGUCGUGAAGUUCGUAGUAAGUUAGGCAUGGAUUAUAAAAGCGAUCAUAUAACUAUUAUUAAUUGUUUUAAAAAAUGGCGCUUAAUUCAAAAAAAUGAAGGCAAUAUUUCUGCAUCAAAUUUCAUUGAAAAAAAUUUUUUACAUAGAAAUACUCUUCAAACUAUUGAAAAUGUAGCCAAACAAAUAUUACAAAUUUUGGUUGAUCAUAGAAUUAUUUCCUAUAAAGAAAAUGAGUCUGAAGAAUUAGGUGGUGAAGAACUAAAUAAAUAUUCUGACUGCAUUCCUCUUAUAAAAUCAUUAAUAUGUGCAGGAUUUCAUCCAAAUAUAGCUGUUGUAACAAAUAAGAGAUUACUUAGGACUUGCUAUGAUAAUACAGCUCUAAUACAUCCAUCAUCUAUUAAUUUUCCAAAAAGUAGCAACAAAAGUCUUUACGGACCUCCCAUAUCUGAGGAUAUUGCUCCUUCGGGUACUCUUUAUGCUUUUGGUUCAAAAUCUAAGACAGAUCUUUCAAAAAAUUUAACAUUGAGAAAUACUACUUUAUUAAAUCCUUUAUCUGUACUAUUGUUUGGAGGAAAAUUAAUACAACAAAACAAUAUUGUUCAAAUAGAUAACUGGAUACCAUUUCAUAUUAAGAAUACUGAAAAUUAUAUUAUUUAUGAAUUUAGUCAAUAUAUGGACAAGAUUUUAACGCAAAUUUUUAGUAAACUUCAUAUACAAUCCCAUCAUAGUCAAACUGAUGACAUUUUAAAUGAAAACAAAAGUAGAAAUAUCAUUGUCAAAGGGGUGGUAGAUGCAUUGUAUGCCAAUACAUAACUUUUAAGACAUAAUGACAAUUUUCAUUCAUCAUAUCUUUAGAAU